CACACGCCGCCGCCGGCUGGAGCUCCACGAAACUCGUCCUCUGCGGAGAUGAAUGGACGCGGGCGACGGAACCGGCCACGAUCGUCUCCCCAGGUCCAGAUCUGACUGCGAGUCUGCGGCGGGUUGACAAGGACGAGCUGACGUCACGGAGGAUUCUGGUACAAACACGUGUGUGCAGCAUCAUCUGGCAUCAUCCACCAUCUGCUGAAGACGUCAUGCUCGUCUGGUCCGCUCAUGGCCGUGCCAGUAAGACCGCCCCCCCGCGCUGCCUCCGGCCCCUGCUCCUCCUGUCCCUGGCCGCGCUCCUCUGCCCCGUCGGCCGGGCGGCGGGUCAAGAGGAGAGUCGGACGCAGUCGGCUGCCCAGGUGCUUCAGGACCUGCUGGCCCGCUAUGGCGACAACAGCACCAUCACGGUGCCUCAGCUCCGCUCUCUCCUCGCUGUCCUGAGCAAAGGUCAGGGCGAAGGUGAAGGUGAAGGUGACGCUGACGGCGACGGCGGCGGUGGCGAUGCGCCAGUGAUGACUACGACCACGCCUCCCAAAGCCAACGGCUCCAAGUGCCUGCCGGCGGACACGCUGGCCCUCUACAGCAUGGGCGAGCAGUCGCGGCUGGACGGGCCGGGCCUGCAGCAGCUGUGCCCCACCAUGCUGCAGCAGCUGGACGCCGGGACCUGCAAGGCGCAGAAGGUUGAGGAGCCGAAGGGCGAGACCUCCCCCAGGCCCUCGGACGCUGAAGUGUGGGGUUAUGGGAUCCUGUGUGUGACACUGAUCUCGCUCUGUUCGCUGAUCGGGGCGAGCGUGGUGCCCUUCAUGAAGAAAACCUUUUACAAGCGACUGCUGCUCUACUUCAUAGCCCUGGCCAUCGGCACGCUCUACUCCAACGCCCUCUUCCAACUCAUCCCAGAGGCCUUCGGUUUUGACCCGCUGGUGGACUUCUACGUGUCCAAGUCCGCGGUGGUGUUCGGCGGCUUCUACCUCUUCUUCUUCACUGAGAAGAUCCUGAAGGUCCUCCUCAAGCAGAAGCCUGCGGGCCAAGGCCACAGCCAUUACUCCGCUGCCGAUCAAUACUCCACACCGGACACGGACGUGGAAGAGGGGGAGAAGGAGAAGCUGCAGCAGAACGGAGAAGCUGGCACUCUGCCUCGGGCCAAAGUGGACGCUGGGGAGGGAGAGCUGAUGCUCAGCCCGGAGCAGACGCCGCAGGACUCCCAGGACUCAGGCGGGGGUUCCGGCAGGCACGGCGGCGGCUGCUACUGGCUCAAGGGCACCACCUACUCCAACAUCGGCACGCUGGCCUGGAUGAUCACGCUGAGUGACGGUCUGCAUAACUUCAUCGACGGCCUGGCUAUCGGCGCCUCCUUCACCGCCUCCGUCUUCCAGGGCGUCAGCACCUCCGUGGCCAUCCUGUGUGAGGAGUUCCCUCACGAGCUGGGAGAUUUUGUGAUUCUGCUCAACGCCGGCAUGAGCAUACAGCAGGCGCUGUUCUUCAACUUCCUGUCCGCCUGCUGUUGCUACCUGGGCAUGGGAUUCGGCAUCCUGGCGGGCAACAGCUUCUCCCCCAACUGGAUCUUUGCUCUGGCGGGGGGGAUGUUCCUCUACAUCGCUCUGGCAGAUAUGUUUCCAGAGAUGAAUGAAGUCAGCCGAGAGGAGGAGGACGCCGGCGGCAGCAGGUUCCUCAUCACCUUCGCCAUCCAGAAUGCUGGGCUCCUGACGGGCUUCUCCAUCAUGCUUCUCCUCACCAUGUACUCGGGACAAAUACAGCUGGCGUAGCACCAGACUUCUCCCGCCAGCGCCGGUUCUGACCGCUGGAGAAGACCCGGACUCCUCCUGUCCAGUGAUACACCAACAGAGGAGUCCGGUGGUACUCCAGCGGUCAGAGCCGGCACCGGCGCCAGCUCUGACCACUGGAGUACCACCGGACCGGACACCUCCCGCUGGAAUGAACUGUUGGAAGAGGGACCUUGGUGGAGGACGGUUCAACCACGUCUCUCCUGACCUGCAUGGAGUUUGAGGGGAAUUUCGCCGUGCGGCGGGUACGCACUGGUGAAGACAGUCGAGUCGCUGCGCACGUGCAGCUCUGACGUGCAGUAGAUCUGAGGUCGGUGAAGACAAGUUGAUAUUCAGCCACAGCAUCUCUCAAGCAUUUAUUUCCAUCCCGUUCUCGAGCGUUCCGCCUCUCUGUGUCCGUCACCCCCCCCGAGAUUCAGUACACGCAGAAUAUCUCUGAUCUCUGUCAUCGACGUCGUGAAAGCACAACCAGGGAGCUGCGGUACGACCAUCUCCAAAGUCCUCCAUCUCUCCAUUCCAUACCAAGGAACAUCUCUAAGGACCUACACUGACUUCCAGCUGGACUUAAUCAUCCAUUGGUUGAUUUUAUAUUUUUGUACAGAAAGGAGAACGUGUGAAAAUGACUAAAGACCAAAUAUGACCAGAGCUUUGAGUGGCAAAGGGCUCCGCAGCCACGUAUGGAAGUGCACGCCUCCCGUUUCUCCGUACGGACUCGUCUACAUCCCCGGCAUGCAGUCGGUAGCUCUUAAUGAAUCCCACGUCGGACCUGUGAAGCGUCCAAUGUUUGAUUUCAGAUGCUUCAUCCAUCCUGGCAGCAUUUCUCUGUAGUUUACCAUCUGUGCCCUUCAUUCAGAUAGAGAUGAAUAGUUCUAGCCUUUUAAUAACUUGUAUUCUUGAAUUUAAAGUGCAAAUCUUUGGUCUCCACCCAUCCUUUAGAUUCCUUUCCCCUUUAGGAUUAUCAUUAAUUUUAUGGUCUGGCAGGCAUUUUAACUGAAUACUGUAAGCUGAAUCAAUCAAACGUGCGUAUUUUGCCUUCUGUAACAGGUGAACAGCAUUUCUUAUUUUGCAUUUUGUUUCUUAAAUUGUGAUGAAAAACGUUCCCAGCUUCACGUUGCGUGGCCAAAAGUAUGUGGACUUCAGCAUUUCUGUUCUUCAUUGUUUGAUCAAAGCUGUCUUUUUAUUUAUGUUCCCAAAUCUUACGGGCAGAAAUAUCACAUAAACAUACACAGUGUUAAGAAAUUAGUUUUUAUUGAGCAUGAGCUGAAAAAUAAAGAGCUAUUAGUGACAGCUAUAAAGAGCACUGACAGAUAAUCUGUUCCAACUCAAAACUGCUUUGAUUCGGGUUGUUUUUGGUUGUUCGUCCACAUAACUUUGGUCUCGGAUCGCGACUUAAAUCUGGGAGGAACCAGUGAAAGGCGGUUUGUGAUAUUUAGUUACUGGAAGGUUCAGGAAACGGUUGCUGGUGUUUGUUUUUAUUUUCUUGUGAACGUUUUUGAGCUUAGGUACCGUGGGAAACCGUGAGUCCGUAAAUGAGUCUGGAGGGUCACCGGCGUUCAGAUGGGCCGCACAGAUUCUUCAAAAUUCAGCCAAGCCUCAGCUAUCCAUCAGUACAUGCUACAUAUUAUUCCUUAGCGACAACGUGAGUGUAGAUUAGAGCUUUAGUUAUUAUUUAUUAGUGAUAGAUACUUGAACUGGUAAAUGCUGACUGUCAUAUUCAUUUCUGUAACUCCUGGUUGUUGAAAGCAAGCCAUCGAAACGUACCAUGUGGUACAGUAUUACUGCUGCUUACCAUGUCUGAUUUAUGGGAUUAUUUAUUAUUUUUUUAAGCCAUAAAAUAUUUAUUUUAUGCUUUACAACCCAAGCCAUUAAAAUCACAAAAAAAUUCAGUCUUUUCGUUUUAUCUUUGUUAGUUUUAGGUUUAUUAGAAAAGGAUCAGCUGACACGAUGUGUAAUGAAACCGUGCUGCUUUGCACAUUUUGACUGUGUAUUAAAACUGUGUUAAAUGCAAAGCUUAAAUGUGAGCAAAUCGUAUCCAGCCCGCUCUUGAUUCGCUGAACUUCAGACGAUGAAUUCACGUGGACAGAGGCAAUAAAACUGAUUUGAUUUUGGCAAAAUAAAAA